AUGCCAGACGAAAGAUUAAUAUUCUUAUUGCAUAAAGAACUCAUGCAAAUUGAUAACAAGAGCACAAAGACCCCAGAGGAUCAGGGGCGGGAGCGCGAGGAGCUGGGUCCCUCCGAGGUGCUGCUGCAGCCCGGGCGCCUAGAGCUGGGCGACGUGGAGGAGGACCAAGUGGUGGCCGUGUUCGUGGUCACCUUCGAUCCCCGCUCGGGGAACAUGGUGGAAUGGUGCUUACCUCAAGAUAUAGACCUUGAAGGUGUGGAAUUCAAGUCUAUGGCCAGUGGGUCCCAUAAAAUUCAGUCUGAUUUCAUCUAUUUCCGAAAGGGGCCCUUCUUCGGCCUGGCCUGCUUUGCCAACAUGCCCGUGGAAAGCGAGCUGGAGCGGGGUGCACGUAUGAAGUCUGUGGGCAUCCUCUCUCCAUCCUACACCCUGCUGUACCGCUACAUGCACUUCUUGGAGAACCAAGUUCGACACCAGCUGGAGACGCCGGGACAUUACUCUCAUCUGGCUGCGUUCUAUGAGGACAAGAAAGGGGUGCUCCAUGCUGGUCCCGGGAGAGGCGGCAGCCUGCCCCCUGUCUACUGGCUGCCUUCCAUCCACCGAUACAUGUACCCUGAGAUGAAGAUCACACACCCAGCUGGCUGCAUGUCUCAGUUUAUUAAGUUCUUUGGAGAACAGAUCCUCAUCCUUUGGAAAUUUGCCUUACUUCGAAAGCGCAUUUUGAUAUUUUCUCCGCCUCCUGUGGGUGUCGUAUGCUAUCGAGUGUACUGCUGCUGCUGCCUGGCCAACGUCUCCCUGCCUGGCAUCGGGGGCACCAUCCCUGAGUCCAAGCCUUUCUUCUAUGUGAACGUGGCCGACAUCGAGAGCCUGGAGGUAGAGGUGUCCUAUGUGGCCUGCACCACAGAGAAGAUUUUCGAGGAGAAGCGGGAACUGUAUGAUGUCUAUGUGGAUAACCAGAACGUGAAGACGCACCAUGACCACCUGCAGCCCCUGCUGAAGAUCAACAGUGCCGACCGGGAGAAGUACCGGCGGCUCAACGAGCAGAGGCAGAUGCUGCUGUAUUCCCAGGAAGUAGAGGAAGACUACAACCCUUGUGAAGAGGACCUCUUUGUGCUGUUUUUCCUAGAACAGAACAACCGGAUAUUUCAGACUUUGCUGGAGGUGUCUGCCAGUCAAGACAAAACUCUGACUGCCGAGCAUGCCCGAGGCAUGGGCUUGGACCCCCAGGGAGACCGGAGCUUUCUCAUGGACCUGCUGGAGGCCUAUGGCAUUGACGUCAUGUUGGUCAUUGACAACCCCUGUUGCCCAUAGGAAGAGUGAGCCCAGACUGGUGAGCCACUCCCAUGUGGGGACUUCAUCCCGGGCCCCAGAGGGCUUCCUUUUUUAUUAAGUUGACAUAGAGGAAUAUUGUUUACACUUUCCAACAAAUAUAAUUUUUGCAAUCUCCUUUCUUCCCUUCCUCCCUAGAGGUCAGAUGAGAUCACCUUGGUUCUGUGUCCUGCUUUGCUAGGACGUUGGAAUAUACCACUUUCUCCCGGAGCUGCUUCCUGGUUUGGUCUUAGGAGUUUUCAAAAUAGAUUCUCUCAUCUCCUUGUUGAGUGACUUGAGGGGAUGUGGCGAAGACCAUGCAUCACUAGAAGCAGGCCGAGCUCUGGAAACCCUGGGGUGGACUGUUCAGAAAGUCUGUAUGGUCUGUGUCCCUUGAUGUACUCAAGAAUGAGAAGUCUGUCUGUCCCAUGUACCCUUGGACGUUCAUCUGCCUGAGGCGGAAGCUAGACCAGAUGACCUUUCAAGGUUUUUAUUAGUUCUGGGAGUCCAGUCUUGGGAUCAAAUCCCUUUUCCUGUUUAUUCGGGCAAAUCUAUGUCUUCUCUGUUCACAUGAGUAGAGACCUCAAAGAGGGACUAAAAGAUGUUUUUGACACCAAGUAUGAGCUUCUUUAAGGACAGGAUGACAGGGAGAAGUUGCUUACCAGUCAGCUGAAAACUAAAAUUAUAGAAUGAGGCCUUGAAACUUUCCUCAAAGUAAGUUAAUGGUGGCCACUCAAUAUUCCUGUUUCUGUGAAUCACCUCCUCUUGGAAUGGGUUGGUGAAUUCUUAAGGGCCAGUGCUGGCCCUGGAGCUUGCAAGCAAAUUCCUUUUACAAUUUAGUCUCCUUUAAGGGCUAACUGUCCUCUU